AGGAAAUUUUGGUCUCCUCACUUCUUUUGCACCAAAACCGUUGCUUCGUUAGAAUCAAAGUGUCAAUCAGGAUUCAGGACAGAUACGGUAGCCACCGGUACCGUUCGACAAAAAGGAUAAACCUGGAUCCUAAGACUUGGCUCGCUAGCUAUCUGAUUUGGUAUCUAGCCAACCAGUAAAGUAAAGUAGCUAACAUCAUGCUCAGAGGCACUCUGUUGUUCCGCAAUAAUGCAAGCAGAUGACAGCGAUGAUGAUCCACACCAAGCAAUUACUACAUGUCCAUCCAAGAAACCACCGACCGUUCGAGCCCCUGGAAAUGGCCGGAAAGCUCGUCGCAAACGGCGUCUUCAAGCCAAACAGCGAGGGGAUACCGGUCUCCUUCAGGCUCCCUUUUUGCAUGGCAAUACUCAACCCGGUCGGUUGGCACUCGUCGACAAGGCAUGGACGAUUUGGAUGAUGCAACACCAUCAUCAUCACAAUAAGAGCAUGGUCUUUGUCGAUGUCGGAAUGGGAAAUCAUCCCGAAACAACUCUGGAAUGGAAAACUGCCAUUGAGCAGUGGUUGUUGACGACGGCGACAGAACAACCACAACCAGAUACUACCCACGAACGCACCUAUCUUUUGGUGGGAACCGAAAUCGACGAGGAACGUCUCCAACAUGCCAAGGACUUCGACUUCUAUGCAAAUAAUAACAACAACAGUAGCUGUUGUGCCAAUGCCAACCACACAACAGCCAAGAUUCCCGUAGUAUUUGAAUGGAGUGGAACCGAUUUCCAGUUGCCAACCAUUGCGAAACACUACAACGUUCGAACGAUUCGCGCCAUGAAUGUGACACGAGACUACCAUAUCCACGAUGCUUGUACGGCCUUGCAUCGAUGGUAUUCGAGUAGUAGUAGACAACAACCACAACAGCCUGGACCAAAUCAUACCAUGAUACUGGAGGGGUCUACCAAUGACACGGGGUCGAUUGCCGUUGCCAUUAUUAUGGAGCAGGCUGCGAACAACACUGGCAACAAGGGUAAUAAUAGCACCGAAAGAAUUGCCAUUGACGGUGUUGUCUUUGGGGUUGAUAUAGAAAGUAUCGUGUGGGCGGACGAUGCUUCCCAACACAACAACCGGACAGAAGGCGCUACCAUUCUACCAGGCAAGUCAUCUCCACCGCAAUGGUUUCAAAGGACUUUUCCUCGGUUGUGGCGGCAUUGCUUUGAUGAUGAUGGUCACGAACAGUGCAACCAGCCAUGGGUCCAUUCCAUGCACCAGUUUCUCUCCAAGUGGCAACAUGUUUCGUCGUCAUCAUCAUCGACAGAUGCCAAACAGAUCUGGCUCCGCAGUAUACACAAACUGGGAGUGCAUUACGAUUUGUGCCUGGAUGGGAUACAUUCUGGCGUCUUGAUUUGGAGGAAUCCGGUCGACUUGUAUGUCCCCACGCCCGCAGAAUCCUUGGCAGGAAAGGGCUGCCAACGAGAAGAUAACGUACCGGCUCCAUGAACAAGGAUGGCUAGAUGCUUUACUUUCUAGCUAGUAAUCUAGUCCAGCUUAACCGAGAUAGUACAGCACGGACCGGAUCUAGGGCGGGAGGCCAUUUUUGGUCCUAGCCCCAAAUGGAACCAACUUUGUCAGCCCCAUUUGCCUACUCAAAUAGGGAGUCUAGAG